UUCUCUCUCUCACUGCAUUGAAGAUGGGAUCUGUAUCUUUAAAGAUCGGUGAUGGAACAGCCAGAUUCCGACGAACUUCAAUUUGUUCCUCCGCCGUGAACCUCCUCAUGCUCUUCUCCGUCGUUACCACAAAUCUCUUCGCCUUAUACGCAUUCUCUUCUCAUUCCCAAGCUAAUUCGCCACUUCUUCACAAUUCCAACAAUAUCUCACUCGUUUCUCAACAUCUCUCUUUGAUUCUCCGAGAGAUCGAUUCGUCUCAACGUAAGCUUGCUCAGAUGGAGAAACAGAUGCUUGGUUACGAAUCUAUUGAUCUUUCUCGACCAAAUAUUGUUCCUGAGCUCAAAUUGUUUCUCCAGCGUCAUCAGCUUCCGUUGGGGAAAGAUUCGCGUACCGGGAUCACUGAAAUGGUGUCGUCUGUUGGACAUUCUUGUGAGAAAUCUGCGGAUUUGCUUUCUCAGUAUAUGUCGUAUAAAGUGUUUGAUAGAUGUCCUGAUGAUUGGAGUCUUGGCCAGAAGUUGAUUCUUCGUGCUUGUGAGCCGUUGCCGCGGAGGCGGUGUUUGGCGAAAACGGUGCAGAAGCAAGAUCUGAGUCGGUGGCCUGAUUCGUUGUGGAGAUCUGUUAGUAACAAGAGUGUUAAUUGGAGUGGACUUGGUUGCAAGAGUUUUGAUUGCUUGAAAGGUAAGAAACUUAGCCGGGAAUGUGUUGGUUGUUUCGAUUUAGGUAAUGAGAAAGAUAGGUUUGUGAAGGUUAAGGGGAAGAAUGAUUUCUUGAUUGAUGAUGUGUUGGGUUUAGGAAGUGGGAAAAUCCGAAUCGGGUUUGAUAUUAGUGGUGGAUCAGGGACAUUCGCAGCGAGAAUGGCUGAGAAGAAUGUGACUAUAAUCACUAACACGUUGAAUAAUGGUGCUCCGUUUAGUGAGUUUAUAGCUGCGAGAGGGCUUUUUCCGUUGUUUUUGAGUUUAGACCAUAGAUUCCCUGUCCUUGACAAUGUGUUUGAUCUUAUCCAUGCUUCUAGCGGAUUAGAUGUUGAGGGUAAAGCGGAGAAGCUAGAGUUCUUGAUGUUCGAUCUUGAUCGGGUUUUAAAACCCGGUGGAUUGUUCUGGUUGGAUAACUUCUUCUGCGCUAACGACGAGAAGAAGAAAGACCUUACACGUCUGAUCGAGAGGUUUGGGUAUAAGAAGCUAAAAUGGGUUAUUGGAGAGAAGGCUGAUGCACAAGUGUAUCUCUCAGCUGUUCUGCAAAAGCCUGUGAGAGCUUGAUCGGAAGGCAAAAGCAAGAUCGUAAUGGUAAGAGUAAUACUCUUAUUAUAGUUUACAUUUGAUCAUAGGUUACAAAUUUGGAGGUCAUUAGGUGAUAUUUAUUCCAGAGAAGAAUAAGCAAUUAUAUUUACC